UCAAACUAGCUAGGUAGUAGUCCAUAUACACAUACAAGCGGCAGCAACAUAGCCACAACCAGCAAGCAAGAGCUUCUCAAAGGAGAUAGUAGAAACUGAGGCAGAGAAAAAGAGAGGAGAGGAGCCAGCAGGCUAGCAAACGUGAGAGAGUGAUAGGGUGAGAGUCAGGAUGCAGUUCGCCACAGGGGCGAUGAGCUCUCUGCUUCCCAAGCUGGGGGAGCUACUCAAGGAGGAGUACAACCUGCAGAAGCGUUUGAAGAAGGGGAUCAGGGACCUGAAGGAUGAGCUCCUGGUCAUAGAAGUUGCGCUCCUGAAGGUGUCCGACGUGCCACUAGACCAGCUUGAUCCGCUGGUCAAAAUUUGGGCAAACGAUGUCAGGGAGCUGUCCUAUGCCAUCGAGGACAGCCUUGACUCCUUCAUGGUGCGUGUUGAAGGUGUUGAACCUACCGAGCCACACACCUUCUUCAGGUUCAUCAAGAAGACCUGCAUGAAGGCCAGCAAGCUCAAGAUUCGUCGCAAAAUAGCCAACGACAUCAAAGACGUCAAGAUCCAAGUUAAGGAGGUGAAAGAGCGGUAUGACAGAUACAAAGAUGUUAUUGGUAAUACUAAUGCCAAAAUGGAAGUCGAUCCACGUCUCUUGGCCAUGUACAGCAAAGUAUCUGACCUUGUUGGCAUUGAAAAGUCAAUGGAUGAGCUAACAGAGAGGUUGUCUAAGGGCGAUGAUCCAUCUGGUGAAAGGCUCAAGGUUGUCUCUGUUGUUGGAUUUGGAGGAUUGGGCAAGACAACUCUGGCUAAAGCCGUGUAUGACAAGCUUAAAAAGAGUUUUGAUUGUGCCGUUUUUGUUCCAGUGGGUCAAAGUCCAGACACAAAGAAAGUUCUUAGGGAUAUCCUCCUUGAACUUGACAGGGAGCUGUACAAAGCUUCAGCGACAAUGGAUGAAUGGCAGCUGAUCAACCAGCUGCAGACGUUCUUAGUAGGCAAGAGGUACUUCUUUGUGAUCGAUGACAUAUGGGAUAUACGAACAUGGGAAAUGAUUAAAUGUGCUUUCAUGGACAGUCAUCCAGAAAGUAGAUUAAUCAUAACUACUCGUCUUGUUGAUGUUGGCACAAAAGCUGAUGGUAUCUACAACAUGGAACCACUUUCUAGUGAUAACUCAGAAUUAUUAUUCUAUACAAGGACAUGUGGUGGUGAAGGACUAACUUCAUCUAACCAACAUGUUGAGGUGACUAACAAAAUUUUGAAGAAAUGUGGCGGUGUGCCAUUAGCUAUCAUUACAAUUGCUAGCUUGCUUGUUGGAAAGCAGAGUGAGGAUUGGUCUAAGGUGUAUGACGCCAUUGGUUUUGGGCAUGAGGACAGCGAAGUUGUUCAGAACACAAGAAAGAUAUUGUCUUUUAGUUAUUAUGAUCUACCUCCGUAUCUGAAGACAUGUUUAUUGUAUCUAAGCAUGUUCCCUGAAGAUAGCUUUAUU